AUGCAGCACUUAGUCGAGGAUAAGCGUGUCCAGGGCUCCGCUAGUCCCACUCUACUUCAUCCUGAUUUUCACAGAAGAAAUAUCUACGUCUCUGCGGAAGAUCCGACUGUCAUUACUGGUGUUAUUGACUGGCAAUGGGCAAGCAUUGAGCCUGCGUUCAUAUACGCAAACAAGCCACCCGAUUUUGCGGAUCAACCUGAAGAAACAGUGGAGACCAUAUUAGACCUAGACGGGCAGGAAGUUCCCGGCCGUAGCAAGAAGGAGCUCAAGGAUGCGUCCAUCCGUUGUCAAACAUACGACGUGUACAUGAAGGCCUAUGCCCCCAAAGUACAACCCGCGAGGUCGCUCGACCCAGCAUUAUUUCAGCUUUUUCACUGCUGUCACACGUCAUGGCGAGACAGCGCUACUGCUAUCCGACACGCGUUGGUGGAACUCUUUGCUUGCUGGACGGAGUUAGGGUUGCUGGGAUCAUGCCCGUAUUCUCCCACCGACGACGAAUUGGAGCGGCACAUUCGCGAUUAUGAUGAUUUUAAGGCGGUCCAACAACUGAAGCAGUGGCUGAAGGUUUCGCUCAAUACUGACUCUGACGGCUGGAUCCCGAAUGAGCGGUGGGAUGCUGCAAAAGAUUUUCAUCGCGCGCAGUACGAUAUAUUCAUUCAAACGGCCAAACGGCCAAGGAAAUGGAAGCGCGCGGCGAAGAUGACAUGA